CAAUUCGCCUUUCCCCCAUUCAUUCAGUCUCAUAAUUAUAAUUCUAGGGUCUAAUGGCGGGCCCGUCACCGCCACCGUCACAGUCGCCAUCACCGGCGGCAACCACCAUAACCGAUCUGAACGACGACACCUUUGCUCACUGCGCCUCCUUCCUCAACCCCCGCGACGUGUGCAGUCUGGCGAUGACCUCCACUGCCCUCAACCGCCUCGCCUAUUCCGAUUCCAUUUGGCAACGCUUCUUCACGGAGCGCUGGCAGCAUGAAAUACCUCGCGCCUCUCCUUCGCAUUGGAGUGGAAAUGGAGCCAGGGAACUGUACCUGGCUAGGCACACCGAGUUGCAACAGUUCAAGUUCUUUGACCCUUUCAUUCUCGACAUUCACUUGCAACCAAAACCUUUCACACAGUUGCUCCUCCAUGAAAACUAUGCUUACUCCGUGCAGGGCUCAGUUGUAGAAAUGAUAAAUUUGGAUGCCUAUCAAAAGAGAUCGAGAGACGCUAUUCAGACAUUAAGUGAUCAUAAAGCAAGAAUCACCUGUAUGAGGUUGUUUUCCCACAAUGAAAUGUCUUCGUGUCGAGGUGAAACACAAGGGGAGCAAAAUGUUUUGGUCACUUCAAGCUGUGAUCACUCCAUUCGUCUGUGGAGGAAGGGUUCUUGCCUGCGAUGCUUGAGAGGUCACAACGGUCCAGUGUUGUCACUGUCAAAUAAAUUAUUGGGAGAGGGUAGCAGCAAAGUAUUGGCUAGUGGAGGGGAAGAUAGUACUGUUCGACUGUGGUCCCUUGGUUCAAGUGGCAAACGAGGACAGCAUGCUCUAAAGGCUACAUUCUAUGGGCAUGAAAAAGGCGUAAAUUUUUUGUCAGUUGCCGGGCACAAAACAUCACUUUUGGUGAGCAUGUCAAGAGAUUCUAAGGUAAAGGUUUGGGAUACAGCUUCAUCAUCCUCUGCUCGUUCAUCCCCUUGUGUGGGAAUGACUUCUUUUCGUGGUGCUCCUGUAAACAUGAAAUGCCAUGAAUCACUGUUGUAUGUGGCAGCUGGUUCCUCUGUCACUGCUGUUGAUUUAAGGACAAUGCAGAAAGUCAUCACCGUAGCUGUGGAUCAAUCAAAGCUGUAUUCAUUUGACGCUUUCCCUUCAAAAUCUUUAAUAUGCACUGGAGGUUAUGGCAGAGCAAUGCUCUGGGAUAUUAGGAGAAAUCAAGAAUCAGCAAAACCAGAUCCGAUAACAGAGUUGGAUGGGCAUGACGGGCCAGUAACUAUGUUACACAUGGAUUCAUACAAAAUCGUUACUGGGAGCGCUGAAAUGGUGCGUGUAUGGGGAGUUGACACUGGUGUACAGACAAUGUCCUUGCUUUCCUGUUUAACGCAAGAUUAUAUGGGCAGAUCUAAUUUUGAUGCCAUGGCUAUAGAUGGCUGUAGAGCUAUCACUGCUUGCUAUUGUGAAGAUCGGGGUCUUUUGCGCUUUUGGGACUUCAACGACGCUACAAAACCUUUCACGAAAAUAGAAGAUUGCCCUUCUUCAAGAUUUUGGGAUUCUCUGUCUGAUGGUAGCAGCAGCGAUGACGAUGACGAUGACGAUGAUUCUGAAGAUGAAGAUGACGAUGACAAUGAGGAUGAUGAUGAUGAGUGGUGAUCUUGGUGGCUCUCAAAGUUGUUUAGAUCAACUUAUUUUGUGUUUGCUUCCCAGAGCGUUGGUUUUCUUUGAAAUGCUUAUACCUUCAGUAGAAAGACCCACCUAAGCACGACUCAAGUAAAUUCAAAUAGUAAAAUAUGAUUUGUUUAUUUUUGCAUGAAUUAUGAACUAUGUACAAGGGGGAUGUAUGAAGUAAAAGGACUACUCUGAUAAGAAUGAUAGGAAAAAACAUUUAAAGUACAACCGUACAUAGAUGUUAAGAUUUAAAUGAUUUUAAUGACUAAAAGUCAUUAUUUUAAGGAUUCA